AUGGUUGGGGCAGUGUCAGAUGACCAGGGCUCCCUGGACUCCGAGGGCAGCAUGAAGAUGCCCGUGGUCUCAGUGACGCCCUUGGCCAACGGUGACCUGGGCCUCAGGCUUGGGUACCCCACGCCCGAUGGCGGGUGCCAGGAGAUGGACGCGACCUUCACCAAGGAUGCCGUGGACGGGCAGUUCAGCAGCGCGGCCGUGGCCCAGACCAACAUCCGGGUGGCUUUCGCCAACUACAAGCGCUUCGCCGUGUUGUGCUCCGAGACGCAGCGGGGGGACGUUAGGAACGUCUGGCUGCAGCUGUGCAGUGGGUGA